UUCAACAAGACUUAGGUUUUCUUUAACAGCCGGUUGCAUUGCACUCUUGAUCCACGCUUCAGGGUUUCAAAGAAGUGUUUCACCUUGUGCCACCGAGAAAGCAAGCAAGCAGGCAUGUUCUGCCUCGACCACCGGCAGGACCCGACGGUCCAGGCGCUGCGGCGACACAUCGAGAGCGACGCAGAGCUGAUCGAGCUGUUUGCGACGGCAUUCAGUGAGAUCCCCGAGGAGUUUCUGGACAGAUCCAAGCAUAUUGGGCCUGCCCACAUCCGCGACUAUAGUGCCUUGCUCGACAACAUCGACCAAGUGAUCCAGACGGUACCCUCGUGGACGUCGGCGAUGGAGCAGAACUGCGUGAUUGCCUGUCCCAUGAAUGAAGUGCUGAUAUGGUUCAUGAACACGCGAACAGGAUCCGACAUCCUCGCCCGCAAGGACAUCAACGCGCACUUCUACGGCAUCCUCCAGAAAUGGAGCCAGUACCUCGCGUCCGCUGAAUCCGCCAAGGCCAUCCACAACGGCAAGGGCGGGUGGGUAUCCGCCGGCGCGCUGACGGAACUCCUCGACGUCGUCGUGCACGCCCACAACACCACCUUCCGGCCGGCCUCCUUCGCCGAAGCGUUCAUCUGCGACCCAUCUCUCCCCAACUACGGCUUCCACUCGUGGGACGACUUCUUCACGCGGCGAUUCCGACCCGGGAUGCGACCCGUCGCCGGUCCCGAGGACGACCGCAUCAUCGCCAACCCGUGCGAGUCGCAGCCCUUCGCCUUGGUCAAAAAUGUGCCCGCCAGCGCCCGCUUCUCGCUCAAGGGAACCGUCUACUCGCUGCGGGACAUGCUGAGUGACGGCAACGACACCACCACCGCCCAACCCUCAGCAGUAUUUACAGGAGGCACCGUCUUCCAAGCCUGGCUCUCCGCCUUCAGCUACCACCGCUGGCACGCCCCGGUGACCGGAACAGUCGUCAACGUCCUGAAUCUCCGCGGCACUUACUUCGCCGCCGACCCGGCCAAGGGCUUCGAAAACGUUGACCCGGCGACCAAAGCUUCGUGCCCCGACCGCCAGGCGCCCGAUCUCUCGCUGACGAUGAUCUCGUCGACGGCCACCCGCACCGCCGUGCUGAUUCAGGCCGAUAACCCGGCGCUGGGGACGGUGGGCUUCCUGGCCAUCGGGAUGGCGGACGUGUCGAGCUGCGUGGCCACCGUCGCAGUCGGGGACCGUGUCGUCAAGGGCCAGGAGAUCGGCAGCUUCCACUACGGGGGCAGCUCAUUCUGUCUGCUGUUUGAGCCCGGUGUGAAUCUAACGUUUUCGCGAUUCGUAGGGGACGCGUUGGCACAGGAUCCAGGGUAUGAGGGGCGGUGUAUUGCGGUCAAUAGUCAGCUGGCGGCGUUAUGAGGUUGGGAACCCUUUAGUCUUUGUGAUGGAGGAGCAAUCGGGGAGUCAGAGAAUCUUGGCGCUGUAAUGGUCUAGUGAUGUGGACCGAGUGGCUUGACAAGUGGAUUGACCAGGAAGUAAAUGGGAGCGCGAGAGUCAUGGGCAAGCCAGCUGCGGGAGACCAGGCAGUACACGAAAAUGAAGACCUGAUUCUAUAACUAUCAAGGUCGAAGACAUCGGCGACAUGACAAGUGAUGGUGUGGCGUGACAUCGGAGAUAUCUUCAAUAAUAAUGCUGAUGUGAAGUUCGAAUCAAACUACG